GGUUUGGCCGUCAGUCGGGGGAGGAGCCGGGCAGGACAUGGCUGCAGCUGAUCGGAUGAGCUGAAUCUCCCCUCCUGUCUCGGGCCUGGGAUAUCACUGAGCUCCGUCACUACAGCCCGAGGGUCCGGAUCAUCGCUGUCCUGGGGCCCAGGACGCCGACACUGAGCCCGGGGAGCACCGCGGCCUAGUGAGCCUCGGACUGUCCUGCUCUCCUCGCCCGGGCCUCUCUCCCCGGGCACCGCACGGAGCGGACGUGUACAGCCUCAGGACCGGACAACGACAGCUCGGGUAUUUUGCACUUUGUUCUUCUUAAUCCCAGGGAGCCGCCAUGUCGUUCAGCGGAGAGAUGGCUGAAGGAAAAACCGACCUAACAAAUGGUAGUUUCUCAAGUAGUCCUGAAGACAUGUCUGGAGCAGAUGAGGGAAGGGAGAACUCCUCUGGGAUCGAGGUGGAGGCGUCAGACAUGAGUUUGAGCCUCACCGGAGAUGAGACCGGCACCAACCGCGCCGAAAGUCGAGACAGCUGCUCGGAAAGUUCCGGAGACACGGACAUUUUGGACGAUACCAGCCGCUACUCCAUUAAUGAUGAGAGCCGGGGAAACAGAUCCCAUUCGGAGGACGAUGACGACGACGACGAGGAAGAGGAGGAUCGGCUGCGCAAGAGAAGCCAGCGCAAGCGCGCCAACCACGACCAUGACUCCUCUGACGACGAGAAGGCCUUGGAAGACUGGGUCUCAUCCGAGAAAACGCCCCUCCCCCGGCAGCGCUGGAAGGCCAUACGUGCGCUGAGGCAGAGGGAAAUCGGAAUUAGCAAGCGCUUCAUCUACGACGCCUGCGGAGCACGCAGCUUCGUUCAGAGGUUCCGGCUAUUGCACGGCCUAGAUGGGCACCUGGGCUGUGUCAACACCCUGCACUUCAACCAGCGGGGGAGUUGGUUGGCGAGCGGAAGUGAUGACCUCAAGGUGGUCGUGUGGGACUGGGUGAAGAAGAAACCCGUCUUAGAGUUCGAGAGCGGUCACAAAAGCAACGUGUUUCAGGCAAAAUUCCUGCCCAACAGUGGAGACUCCACACUGGCAAUGUGUGCUCGGGACGGGCAGGUACGCGUCGCAGAACUCUCAGCCACUCAGUGCUGCAAAAACACAAAGCGGGUGGCACAGCACAAAGGGGCCUCUCAUAAGCUUGCCCUCGAACCAGACUCUCCAUGCACUUUCCUGUCGGCCGGCGAGGACGCCGUGGUCUUCACCAUCGACCUGCGGCAAGAUCGGCCGGCCUCGCGACUCGUGGUCACCAAGGAGAAAGAGAAAAAGAUCGGCCUGUACACCAUCUACGUCAAUCCGGCCAACACUUACCAGUUUGCGGUGGGAGGACGAGACCAGUUUGUCCGGAUUUACGACCAGCGGAAAAUAAACGAGAAUGAGAAUAAUGGAGUCCUGAAGAAGUUCUGUCCUCAUCACCUGGUAACAAGUGAAGCAAAAGCAAACAUCACCUGUCUGGUGUACAGCCAUGACGGGACUGAGCUCCUCGCCAGCUAUAAUGAUGAAGACAUCUACCUGUUUAAUUCCUCUCACAGUGACGGGGCACAGUACAUUAAGAGGUACAAGGGGCACCGGAAUAACGCCACAGUAAAAGGGGUCAACUUCUACGGGCCGAAAAGUGAGUUUGUGGUGAGCGGAAGCGACUGCGGUCACAUCUUCCUAUGGGAGAAGUCUUCCUGUCAGAUUGUGCAGUUCAUGGAUGGUGACAAGGGCGGAGUGGUUAACUGCUUAGAGCCCCAUCCCCAUCUACCGGUCCUGGCAACCAGCGGCUUGGACUACGACGUGAAAAUCUGGCUGCCCACGGCAAAGGAUCCGACAGAGCUGGACGGAGUGAAAGAGGUCAUUAAGAAAAAUAAGCGGGAGAGGGAUGAAGACAGUCUACACCAUGCAGACUUGUUUGACAACCACAUGCUUUGGUUUCUUAUGCAUCAUCUUCGUCAAAGGGGGCACCACCGGAGGAGAAGAGACCCUGGCCUAAACACAACGGACGCAGACUCCGACGACUCCCCCAGCACCUCCGACAGUUCUGACGACGAUGAAGAGGGUCCUGACCGAGUCCAGUGCAUCCCCUCAUGAGCCGCCUCUCUCCCCUCUUCUUCUUUUCAGCGUGGAGCUUUCCCUCCCUCCUCCUCCUCCUCCUCCUCCUCCUCCUCCUCUGAGGGCGGACGGCAGGGACGACUUUACUAACAGACAUUUUUCAGCUUUUUAUCAAAGUUCUAGGACUAUAGUGUAAGAAACCACGCUAUUCCUCUAUGCCCUGGUAUCUUUUUGGUUUUGUUUUUCUCUCUCUCUUUUUGGAAAGGGGCAAACCUUUUUUUUUUUUUUUUGCUUUGCAUAACUGCACUUUGGAUAAUGUCGGCUUAAGAGUGAGAAUGAAGAAGGGGCGAUCCACAGGAUGGAGCCUUAGUCUCUUCCCACUACCCGAACUCUUUGUUCUAGACCCUUUUACUACCAGCAGUUUGAGACCCAGAGGGAAAGAGGGACUAUAUGGAGAUGAUGAAAAUAAUAAUAAUAAAAUAAAUAAAAAUAAAAAAAAAACACGAGUAUCAGAAGGGCGAGAGUAAGCGUUAUUUUUGUAUGUAAUUUUUUUUUUUUUCUAGAAAAAAAAACAAAAAAGAAAGCCGCCAUCUUAAGCCAGCUUGUAUACCCCGCCCCCCCUUCUUUAACGUGUCUGCCUCUUUUUGAACCCCACAUCUUUUCUGGAAUCAUUUUUUUUUUUUAUCUAUUUUUUUUUCUCUCUCUUCUAUUGAACCUAUUAAAAUUUGAAGUCUUAAAAAGGCCGUGUGAAUAAAAUAAAGUAAAAUUUGCAUGACAAGAAAAUAUGCACGGAGCUCCUUGUGCAUUCAUUGCUUGAGUUUUUGAGUGAUAUUUAUUUUUUUAUGUUUUUUUGUUCAAGUUUUUUUUUUUCUAGCCCCACCCCCCCCUUGCUCAUCUUGCAAAAAAUGUUUUUGAAUACAUGAAAUAAUAUAUAUAUAUAUAUUUUUUUUUUAGGCUUUUUAUCUUAGUAGAUCUCCCCUAUGUUGUGAGCCAUUCAUCUAUUCCAGUGGUCUUCAACCUGCGGACCUCCCAGA